AUGGCUCAGCAGGGCAUGCCCAUGGUGGUCAUGAACACUGGCCCCGAGCGCCAGUCGGGCCGCAAGGCUCAGACCGCCAACAUUGUUGCCGCCAAGACCGUUGCCGACGUGAUUAGGACAUGUCUUGGUCCCAAGGCCAUGCUCAAGAUGGUCCUCGACCCUAUGGGCGGUAUUUUGCUCACCAACGACGGCCAUGCCAUCCUUCGCGAGAUUGACGUGGCUCACCCCGCUGCCAAGUCGAUGAUCGAGCUGUCGCGCACGCAGGACGAGGAGGUUGGUGACGGUACCACUUCGGUCAUCAUCCUUGCUGGCGAGAUCCUCGCCUACUCGCUCCCCCUGUUGGAGAAGAACAUCCACCCUGUCGUCAUUAUCCGCGCCUUCAAGCAGGCCCUCGAUGACGCCCUUGCCACCAUUGAGAAGAUUUCGGUGCCCGUCGACAUUUCGUCAGAGACUGAGAUGCUGGCGCUGAUCAAGACCUCGAUCGGUACCAAGUUUGUCUCGCGCUGGUCGGACCUCAUGUGCCGCCUUGCUCUUGACGCCGUCAAGACUGUCGCCGUGACUGCCGAGGCGGAGAACGGCUUCAUUGGCGCAAGCGCGGAGGGUGGCGCGUCGCACCUCGACAUCAAGACUGUCGACAUUAAGCGCUACGCCCGUGUGGAGAAGGUUCCCGGCGGCGAGAUUGAGGAGUCGCGUGUUCUCAAGGGUGUGAUGAUCAACAAGGACGUCACCCACCCCAAGAUGCGCAGGCGUAUCGAGAAGCCCCGCGUUGUGCUUCUCGACUGCCCCCUCGAGUACAAGAAGGGCGAGUCGCAGACCAACAUUGAGAUUACCCGCGAGGAGGACUGGAGCCGUGUCCUUCAGAUCGAGGAGGAGCAGAUCAAGCAGAUGUGUGCCAAGAUUAUCGAGUUCAAGCCCGAUGUUGUCUUUACCGAGAAGGGUGUCUCGGACCUUGCCCAGCACUACCUCCUCAAGGCCGACCCUCCUAUCACUGCCAUCCGCCGUGUCAGGAAAUCGGACAACAACCGUAUCGCCCGUGCCACUGGUGCCACUAUCGUCAACCGCGUCGACGACCUCCGCGAGUCGGACGUCGGUACUGGCUGCGGUCUGUUCCACAUUGAGAAGCUCGGCGACGAGUACUUCACCUUCCUCGACGAGUGUGAGUCGCCCAAGGCGUGCACCAUCCUCCUCCGUGGUCCCUCCAAGGACAUUCUCAACGAGAUUGACCGCAACCUUGCCGACGCCAUGUCCGUCGCCCGUAACGUCGUGUUCAACCCCAUCCUUGCCCCCGGUGGUGGUGCCACCGAGAUGGCCAUCUCGGUCGCGCUGUCCGACAAGGCCAAGAUGCUCCCCGGUGUCGCUGGCGCCCCCUACAAGGCAAUCGCCGAGGCCCUCGAGGUCAUUCCCCGCACCCUUAUCCAGAACUGCGGUGGCAAUGCCAUCCGCACCCUCACCGAGCUCCGCGCCAAGCACGCCGAGGGCCUCAACAUGUACGGUGUCGACGGCGACAGCGGCAAGGUCACCGACAUGCAGAAGUACGGUCUCAUGGAGUCAGCAUCGGUCAAGAUCCAGACCCUCAAGACUGCCGUCGAGUCGGCCACCCUCCUCCUCCGCGUCGACGACAUUGUCUCGGCCCGCAGGCCUGAUGAGCAGUCCGGUGGUGUCCAGACCAUGGGCGAGCCCAACGAGGACCUGCAGCCGGACAACGUUCAGAUGUGA